UUAAAAUAUAUAUAUAUACAUACACACACACACUCUAUAUUGCCAAAAGUAUUGGGACAUCCCUUCAAAUCAUUGGAUUUAGGUGUUCCAAUCACCUCCAUGGCCACAGGUGUAUAAAAUCAAGCACCUAGGCAUGCAGACUAUUUCUACAAACAUUUGUGAAAGAAUGGGUCGCUCUCAGGAGCUCAGUGAAUUCAAGUGUGGUACUGUGAUAAGUUGCCACGUGUGCAAUAAGUCCAUCCGUGAAAUUUCCUUGCUACUAAAUAUUCCACGGUCAACUGUUAGUGGUAUUGUAACAACGUGGAAGCAACUGGGAACAACAGCAACUCAGCCACGAAGUGGUAGGCCACGUAAAAUGACAAAGCGGGGGGUC